AUGUCGGAAGAAGACAAGACCACGGCCAACAGACUCUCUGCAGUGCCAGCCAGUCCGAAACCCGAGUCGCCCACCACGGCGCGUCCUCUUGACUUCGACGAUGAAGCCCAGGAGACCGGCGUCACCUCAGCUUUCCCCUCCGCUCCCCCAGCUCAGCCGCCCGCCGCGGAAGCUGCCCCGCCGAAGCCACCCCGCCCCGUGAGCCCGCGGCAGCAGGCCGAGAACACCCUCAAAGAAGCUUUCCCCACGAUCGACAUCGGAGUCGUCAGAGCAGUGCUGAUGGCAAGCAACUGGGAUGUGGAGCGGGCCUUCCAUGCUCUAUUAGGCAUGACUGAUCCCAAUGCCGCCGAACAAGACGCACCCCCUCCGAAGCCCCCCCGUCCGUCGGCCGCCCAGAGACAGCUCGAGCAGGAUGAGAUGUAUGCCCGCCAGCUUGCCGAACACUACAACCGCCGCGCAGCCCCGCAGCCACGGUAUGAGGAUGAUCGCGCUUACCAGCGACGAAGAGGAAGCGACGAAGAGGAGGAGAAAGAAUACAGCUUCUUCGAUGACGACCUGCCCGUCAUCCGCGAGAACAUCCGCAAAGGAUUCCUGGAAACCCAAUCGAAGGUGAACUCGUGGGUGACGAAUCUGAAGAAGAGGCUGGAUGGAGAAGAGCCGGAAGAAGAGAGCAGCAGUCAGGCUGCCCAGGGCCCGCGCGAAGAUCCCUUCGGCCGUCCGCGCCGCAGCGGCGACAUGGGCCGUCGGAGCGGGGACCGUGAGCGGUACGACGCCGACCACCGAGUCUUGAGCGACGACUUCUCAGCUCUGGAAUUGAGGGACUCCGAAGCUCCACCCGCGCGUCCUCCCCGCCCUCUCGCAAACCCUAACUUGUACAAGACCUCGUCACCCUCCCCCGACAGACGCAAGGUUGCCUUCCAGGACGGGCCCCCAACGGAAAUCGAUAAUCUGUACGACGCAUCCGAGCCGGUCCGGCGCGCCUCGCCCGGAACGACGGGCAAGUCCAGCAAAUGGCAACCCUUAGCCGCCGUGGAGCCGUCUCCGGUUGGAGAACACGACCCGUUCAGUCUGGGGGAUAGCGAAGAUGAG